AUGAAAAGUGCUUCUUCCUCUUCUUCUUCCCUUUCCCCUUCUUACCUCUCAUUCUCUUCUUCCCAAGAACUUGAUGGAAACACUUGUUAUUUCUCAACAGUUGAUCAAUUUUUAGGUGUUCAACAGUCUCAGUUUGGUUCUACAAUUGAGCUAAACAAUUUAACCCAAGCUCAGAUGAACCAAUUCAACCAACCAAGCUACCUUUAUCAAAAUCCUCAACCCAUCAACAACCACAUGGUGAGCUUUCUUAGCCCCCAACCAGUCCCAAUGAAACACAUGGGUUCACCACCAAAACCCACCAAGCUUUACGGAGGAGUUAGGCAACGUCACUGGGGAAAAUGGGUCGCUGAGAUCCGGCUACCUAAGAACCGGACCCGUCUUUGGUUAGGCACUUUCAAUACAGCAGAGGAAGCAGCCUAUAAACUUAGGGGUGACUUAGCGAGACUCAGCUUCCCCAACCUUCGCCACCAUGGUUUGGAAUCUGGAUAG